AUGAUCCGGCGGCAGGAAAACUGUCUCUCCGUGUCGCACCGGCUCUGCCAGACACAGGCGCCUCCUGCAACAACGGGGCAGAUCAGCACUCGCCCAGGCCCCGGGCGCCCGACGACCGCGGCGGCGGCAGAGCCAGCGCAGCCCGUGCCUGCUGCGCCCGACGGCGGCGAGAAGCGCGGCGGGCCGCCGGAGCCUGACUUCCCGGCCGUGGAAAGGAAGAGGCGUAGGAGUGGGUGCGGGGCCGGCCGGCGAGGAGGGGCUGGGCCUGUGGGCUGCCCCCGCGUCACCGGGAGACGGGGGAGGGAACGGCUGCGGGCGGACGCCGGGCUCCUCGCUCCGCUCUGGUGCGGCCGACCGGGAGGAGAGGAAACGGAGGACGCCUCGCGCUCCCCGCAGGACAGCUAUUCCGUGUCGCCCGACGCCGCCGUCCACUCCGCCUCCCAGCGCGCCCCCGCGCCGCGAGCCCCGCCACCACGCGCCGCGCCAUCCGGCUCCGGCGAGGACGCGCCCACUCCCCUCCCCCUCAGCGGGAGCGGCCCGGCUUCCACCUACCCCACCCAGCGGGCUGGUCACUCGAGCGCCCAGGGCCCGUACCUCCCCUUCCCCCUCGGCCAGCGGGCCAGCCUCCCCUCCCUCCCCCGCCGUCCACACCCACGCGUACAGAGGGCCGGGGCCUCCCUCAAGCUGCGGCCGGGCCUCCUCCCCGCGCGGCGGUGGUACCUCCCCGGCCCUAUGGGGCUCACGCGCACGACACAGCGACAAGAUGUCCGCUCUGACGGAACUACUGCCAGCACCGCGCUCCGCCCCGCCCCCGCCUCUUCACCGCCGCGGAUCCGUCCGCCAACGCCGCCGUCGCGAGCGCACGACGAGACUAAGGGGUGGGGACGCUGUACUUCCCACGUCCGGGGCCGAGACUGUGUGCUACCCGCUCUCCCUUCUUUUCGGAACAGCACCUUCUUACUAAACAGAGCGGAGGUUGGACUGGGAGGGCGGGGGCCAGAGGCGGGUCAUGGGCUGGGAAGAAGGGUAGACGAGCGGCGGAAACCCUUAGACUGAGAGAAGCGUCGAGAACCGGAAGGAGACCACGACAGGAAGAUUAUGGAAGCGGCAGCUGCGCGGUCGAACCCGAAGCCCCUCCCAGCGGCGUCCCCCAAUUUCCUCACUUGGUACUGAGGCGGCGGAUCUCGCGAGAGACUCGUGGCUGGCUAACAGGAGCUGUAGGUCUGCAAUGACUUAAGGGCGGUUUUGAGCGCUCUUCCGGUUGAGGGUCCGCCCCCAAUCCGCAAGUUCUCGCGAGAGGCAGUGGGGUACCGACCCGAGCCGGGGCGGGCCGAGGCGGGGAAGCAGCGCCACUGCUUGGCUGUACCAGUGGGAGGGAGAGGAGAUGGAAUCCGCGGGACCAGUCAGAGCGGGCGCCCAAUGAGGAAUGUGCGGUGGGAGGUCCCCUGGAUUAAUUUCUGGAUACCUUUGGCCCAGGUGGACCCGGGCCUUUGAAGCUUCCGGUGGAGCAGAAGCCAGUGUACAGGGGUAGUAGGAAACAUUCCUACCUGCCCAAAGGGAACUCACAAUAUCCUGGAGAUCCAUGAAGAAAAGUCCUGGAGAAGCCAACUUGUGUUACCAUAAUCUAAACAAGCUUCUGUAUGCAAGUAUAAUGGAACAUGUUAAUGCUCUGGAAUAACAGAGGACAGCAGAUUGGGACAAAUUUGAGGUCAGAGUUCCUAACUUUUUUUGUGACACAAACCACUUUGGCAGUCUGGUGAAGCCAUGGACUCUUUUCAGAAUAAUGUUUUUAAAUUUAUAAAAUAUAAUUCAUAGCAUUAUAAAAGAAAACAUAGAGUCUCAAAAUAUUAAAGAUUUUUGACAUAAAAAUAUAUGUGCUUUAUUAACACAGUAAGAUCUAGUGGUGAGUCUAACAAAGAUCAAAUUUUUGAAAUAAUGAUGAAUAUAAAUGGUAUUUCCAGAGUUUGCAACAGUUGUAAUGUGAUAUAAAGUAUCUGUGGGUCCUAUUUGUAAAAGGUGAAAGAUUUACAAGGUGGUCUGAAGAGAAACCGGAGUAUGUAGGUUCUAUUUGUGAUACAUAUAUCGGCAUAGCUGUUUGUUGUUUAGAUUCAAAAUUGAGGGAAAUGCUACUUUUCAGUUAAAGAUUAGUAAAAAUAAGGAUGUAAUUUUUCCCCCCAUCCAAGUUCACACACACCCCUGAAUUUUAUCCAUGAACUUCAUGUUAAAAAAUCUUAGGUGGAGUCAAGUAGGUUUAUUCCUGUUGGAAAGCCUUGAAGGGACUGUGUAGUUUUAACGUAGAAUUAUAACUGAUAUUCAUAACAAUAGUGAUUCAUCAAGAAAAAGUUUAUCGCCAGUAUAUUCUAGUUAAGAAGGCAUGGAAGUGUGUAAUAGGUUUGGGAAAUAGUUUUAGCCUAUUUGUUGGGGUUUUUUUUGAUACUAUAAAAAGGCACUCGAUGGAAAAUUUACUUAUCCAGAAUGAUUCAUUUCCCAAGCAAUCUGGAUAAUUUAGAUUUUACUGUAUCACUCUUAUUUAUUUGCACCUACCUUUGCAAAUAAGAUGUGGUGGAAGAAUUUCAAAAUGAAAAGAAAAUACUGUAUAUUUAAAAAUCUUAAUGUGUUAAUUAUUAUUUGAAGUACUCUGUGCUGGGUCCUUGAAUUCAUUAUCUCAUCAAAUCCCCAUUUUACAGAUGAAACACUCAAGGUCAUACAAUUAUUAAGUAGUAGAGCCAAGAUUUAAACCUAGGCAGUCUGACCUCAAAGCUCACACUCUUAACCAUUAAGCUAUUUAUUUUUUAUCCCUUUGACUAUUAGCAAACAUUAAUUUGCCCACUAGUGCAGCAAAUACGUAUUUGCUGCCUCAAAUAUUGAUGCAUUCCUUAGUAUUCCAAGUAAAAUUCCACCCAGUGACUAAAAGGAAUUUUCUAAAUGCUUCCUUUGCAGCGGUAUUGCUUAUAUCCAACACCACCUUUAAAUAAGUGGGCUACCAGUUGGGGCUGGAAAAUAGUUUGUUUUACAGAAAUAUUUGUUGUAAUAGAGUUUUGCUUAGAAGAUGAAGAAAUUCACUCAUGCAUUUUUCUGCCUUACAAACAAACUUUCACAUCUGAAAUUAAACCUUUGUUUUAUAAUAGUGUUGCUGUAUUUUUUAUAUUGAUCACUGUCGAGAUUGUGUACAAGAAAUGAUGACACAAAUCCUAAUAUAUGAAGUUCUAGAUUAUCCAUGCAUAAUGGAGACAAGUAGUUGUGUAAUCCCAAAUUCAUUUUUAUUUGGCACGGAAGUGAAUUUAUUGGUUGAUUAGGCUUUCUGUUUGUUUGUUUGUAUUUACACUAGCAAACUUACAUUUCUACUCAAUUUUGCUAAGGUUAAAAUUAAAAAGAACAUGGCCUAGAAGUAUUUUGAUGCUUUAGGAGGCAGCCUAGGAUUAGCUCAAACUUUAAAACACUAUUCACAUAUUUAGUCUUAUAUAGAGAGCCCACUUUACAGUUGCAAAUUAAGUUAAAACUGACUUUCACUCAUUUGACCUAUUUGAAUUACAAUGGUAGAAAUGUCUCCAUCUGAAAAAAAGAAAGGAAAAUAAUCACGUUUUUUUAUAUUGCAAUCUGCAAUAUGCUAAAAAAGAUAUGGUCUUUAUACUGAAAGAAACAUUUACAUUCAGAAAUUAAUAAAGAUACAAACAUGUUGAAAAGAUGAGCUAAAAACAGUCCCUUACGUUUUAGUGAAUAUUAUAUUGAAGUCUCAGAGACUUUCUAAUUAUGGCAGAUGAGAUGUUCUUGCAUGAAUUGGCAUAAAGCAUGAGAAAAAUAUAAAGGAUCGAGAAAAGCAGUAUAAAAGUGGCAGUGAAAUAACUCAUCCAAAUAAUGAAGACAUGCCAAUGUCUUAAUGUUAUGUGAAUGCAUCAGUGAAGCCAGGGUUCACUAUUAUUAUGAUAACUUGAGUACAGGGAUUAAUUAAAAUAUACUUGUGAAUAGAUAGAGUUAACAUAGAUUAGUGCAUAUACUUAUGUUUAUUAGUAUUGCAUCUAUGUUUUCAGAUCUUUGUAACUGUCAUGGAAUUUUAUAAUUUGCUAAAGACACUGGCUCUAACACAGUGUAUGCCAUUUUAUUAGUUUAAUUAAAUUGUAAAUGCUGUGGUCCAGAUUUUAUAUUCAGAAUCCAUGUUUACGUAUUCUGCUUGGAAUUCGUCAUUGGGAGCCCAAGUGUUAUUUCAUAUUGUUUGCCUAAAAAGCAACUUAGUUUCUAUACCUUACCAGAUCAGAAUCUCAUUUUUAUGAUCAAGACAAGUUAACAUGGUUUAGGAAACUUUACUAUUUCAUGCCAAGGACAUCACUUUGACCUUAAAUUAAGAUGGUUUUUGGCACAUAAUGAACCAUGCACAAAUGUUUGAGCUAAAAAUAAAUUUGAGCAUUUUCCACAUAAGAACUUGUACACAUGAAUGUUCAGAGUAGCAUAUUCAUAAUAGCCAAAAAGUAGAGACAAAUCAAAUGUCCAUUAGCUGAUAAAUAGAUAAAUAAAAUGUGGUACAUCCAUGUGAUAGAAUAGUAUUAGUUAAUAAGAACAAAUUAAUGAUACAUGCUACAACGUGUAUCUUGCAGCUUGAAAAUAUUCUGCUAAGUGAAAAAAGCCAGACACAAAAGGCCACAUAUUGUAUGAUUCCAUUUAUAUAAAAUGACUAGAAUAGGCAAAUCCAUAGAGACAGAAAGAUUACUGGUUGCCAGGGACUAGGGGCAGGGGAAAUGGGGAGUGACUGCUAAUCAUUAGUAUGGGGUCUUUUUGGAGGAGGUGAUGAAAUGUUCUAAAAUUAGGUAAUGGUGAUGGUUACACAACUCAGUGAAUAUACUAAAACCCACUGAAUUGUACAUUUUCAAAGAGUAGAUUUUAUGGUAUCUGAAUUAUCUCAAUGUAGAUUUUUAAAAAAAAAAUAAUUUGGAACUAAAAUGUGAAAUCAGUCUAGAAGCUUAUUAUUAAAUAUUUUCAAUAUCUCAUCAUACUUUUCAGGUUACCAAUGAUAAAUGAGAUAUAGUAUCCUUGUAAAAUGUGAAAAAUUUACAGCCAGCAAGAGGCUUUUCCUUCAGUAUAAAUAACGUUGUUGUUUAGAUUUGGUUUUAAUAUAAUAAUAAGCAUUUGCUGUCAAUUAGUCUUAAAUUUGGAGGUAUUUUCAUCAAUAUUAUUUGCUUAUUAAAACAUAGUGAUUAAAAAUUAAUUUUAAAUAGCAUUUUGUUGAAAUUAAAAGUUCAUAAUUAUGACCAGAAAUAGGAGAAUACCUGUGAUUUUGGCAUAAAUAUAGAAAAAUUUCUUUAAAAUUUCAAAUCAAGUAGGUUGAAAAUUGGGGGUAAAUCAUCUAGGUAAGGAUUUUGAGGGUUAGGUACUAUCAAAUGACAAAAUGAAACAAUUUAGUAACAGUUCCACGUCCUUUAUUCAAGGGAAAACAAUCCAUGGAUUGGUGUGGAGUACAGUCCUCACAAGCAGUGGACCGCUCUUUUGGAGGAUUUUGGGCAGGAGAGAGUUCCACAGACGUUAGAAUAGGCAACGUGGAAAGGGGCAGGGCGGGCUAGGAGGUCAGGAUUUCCUGGUAAGGCUGGUGGGUCCUCUUUUCUAGGGUAAGCUAGCUAAAGCUGAGUUGGAGGAUUGUGAUUGGUGUACGUUAGGUUUCCUAGACAGGGAAGUGUUUCCCUAAAUGCAGGCUGACUUAGGUUUAGAUUUGUGAGGUGAGCCUGGCCACUGGGGGGAGCCUCCAUUUUGUGGGUCCCAGUGUACGAAUUAACUUGAUCAGUACUUAAAAAGGAAUUCAAAUUAAAAUUACUUUCCAACAAUAAUUAUAAUCUUUCUUGCUUCAAUAACAAUAUAACAAAUCUUAAAUAAACAGAGAUGGGUUAUGAUUUAGACCAGAAAUGAUCAUUGUUUUACCAACAUUGGAUUUGACUAUUUAAUAUAUCUGGUGCGCAUUCUUUAGUAAGAUAGUGAUGAUAAAUUUAAAAUUUUUCUAUUAAAGAAUUUUAAGUUAGGGGCCGGCCCUGUGGCCUAGUGGUUAAGUUCGGUGCACUCCACUUCCACAGCCCUGGUUUGGUUCCUGGGUGUGGACCUACACCACUUGUUCGCAGCCACGCUGUGGCGGCGAACCACAUGCAAAAUGGAGGAAGACUGACAUAGAAGUUAGCUCAGGAUGAAUCUUCCUAACGGGGGGAAAAAUUUUAAGUUAGGAGUGAUUAUGGAAAUGUUAUACAAAGUGGUGCUAAAGGGUCAGAUCUAUAUAGCAUCUAAGUGACUUAAUGGAGCCACUUAUGUGAGGCUUUUGGUUUUUAAUACAUACUGUCUAGUACCUGUUGAUGUUUUCAUUGCACAGAAGCCUUGAUUUAACCCCGGGCACUAAAAGAAAGAAUGAAACUUACUAAGAAAAAUUCCACUACACCUAAAAAAAACUUAAAGAAUUUAGCUUAUUUGGUGUUGAAGAAGUGUGACAAUUUCAGAGAUAUCCUAUCAUCAAAGCAUAUUAAAUCUCAGAGCUAAUGAUUAAGUAAUGAUUAAGUAAUAUGAGAUUGGGCUUUACCAUGUAUGCCUGGUAAGAGAACAGAAUGAUACAGAUUCCCCAUCUUACAAAAGGACCCAUACAAAAACAGAGAGCUGUGGGUGCUACAAUGCUUGAAAUUCAACUCUCCCAGAGUAAUGUAGACAAAAAGCCCUGAGAGUUUAAGAUAUAAUUAGAUAUUCACAGGUUUGUAUUUAUUUAGCUUUUCCUUCUUUCUAUUCUGCACUAAUGGAGAGAAGAGGAAGAUGACUCUGGGGCAUUUUAGGGGUGGGGCUAAAUGUCUGCCCUGGAUAGGGCUAUAAUUAGGGACAGAAGGCAAGGCAAGGACACUGGAGACCAGAUAGAGAGGUGUGCAGAGAGAAGUUGAAGGGAAAUGUCAAUGGAAACUUAAACUGUUCUUGGGGGAACUGGGAAUGAGGAGGAAACCUUUUUUUCCUUCUUCCUCCUCUUUGCGCAAGCACUACAAGGUCUCCUACCCUAGAGCACAAAAUUCAGGCUACCACCAUUAUGGUGGUUCAGUUUUUCAUAACUUAAUUUGCCUUUUUUGUACAUGCUAGCUUGAAAUGUAGUCACUAUAACAUUGUUCAUGUAUAAUAGUGCAUUCUGCAUUCCAAAAAGCCGCCUUAUUUACAUAGUUUUAAAAAACAUCCCUUGAUAAUAUGAGAGUGCUUUUGAGGAAGGUUGAGGCAAGACCAAGAGACUGUCAUACAAUGUGUCAGUCAGCGAUAUUUAGGUCUGACUAGGCUAAGUGGAGGUCUUUUAGGUUUAGGCUGAAUUGUAGAUGUAAUGGAGAUCUGUUAAGAGAAGCACUCCCAUCUUCCUAAAUGUUCACUUAAAAAAAUUUAUUGAAUGCCUAUUAUGUGCUAGGCGCUGAGCUAGAUGCUGAAGAUACAUAGAUGAAAGACCCAGAUGUCACCUAGGAAAGUCUUUUAACUGGAGAGACCAUUAAGGAUCAAGCAGUCACCACAGAGUGUGUGCAGUGACAUCACCGUGUGCACAGAGUAAUAUUAAUGUACCUAAUUCAGCUGGAGGUAGUCAGGGAAAGUUUCUCUGCAGAACAGAGUUCUUUAAAAAAAUGAAAAAAAAAAGGAGGCAUAGCUGGUAACAGAAAAGGGAGGAAGGCUCCUAGGCAGAGGGAACAAAGUCAAGUCUCAGAGAAAUAAGUUUCCAAAACUUAUUUUGGAAAGUAAGUUUCCAAAGUUCUCUGGCUGCAUUAGUGUGUGUGGGUGUAGGGGUGGGGGGGGAUGAAUGAGAAGAGAUGAAAAGAGUCAAAACAGUUGCAAGACAAGGCCGGAUGUCAUGUUAAUGAGUUCAGAGUUUAUCCUGAAGGGUAUGAGAUGGGGGAAUUGAAUUUUUAGCCUAAAAAAGCCUUGAUCAGAUUUUAAUCACAAAAAGAUAACUGAUAGCAAUGUGGAAGAUGUAACAAAAGCGUGUGUUGGGAUGGAGACUAGAGGCAGAGAGGCCACUUGGGAUGCUAUUGAAAUAAUCUGGAUGAGAUGUGAUUGUGAGAAAGACCUAAAGUAGUUGCAGGAAUUGCACUAAGGACCCAUAGUACAGAAGGUAAAUUUAGUCUAUUUACUGGGUAGAGCUUACCUUAAGAAAAAAAAUUUUUGAGGCUCCCCCUCCAAUUAUUUUUAUUAGAAUGUUAUAGUAAAAUCAUAUAUAUAUAACAUUACAAUAAACUAAUAACAUUAUAAUAAAUAUAACUUAAAAUAUAAUACUUGUUAUGAACUUCAUAUGUUCUUAACUCUUAAAGGACUGAAACUAAAGUGUAUAUAUUAAAUGUGGAAAAAUACACACUAAUAAAAUUAAUAUCUAUGUACUACUUGAUUUUUAUUUUAUUUUCUUCAAAUUAAAUUCCCUCUUGAAACAUAAAUAUAGAACUAACUGCCACAAUUUAGGUUGUUUUAAAUUUGGCAUGUCUGGGCCGGCGCUGUGGCUUAGCGGUUAAGUGCGCGAGCUCCGCUACUGGCGGCCCGGGUUCGGAUCCCGGGCGCGCACCGACGCACCACUUGUCCAGCCAUGCUGAGGCCGAGUCCCACAUACAGCAACUAGAAGGAUGUGCAGCUAUGACGUACAACUAUCUACUGGGGCUUUGGGGAAAAAUAAAUAAAUAAAAUUAUUUAAAAAAAAAAUAAAUAAAUAAAUUUGGCAUGUCUGUACUAACUGCUGUGUUCCAUAUAUGAUGACCAGUUUUCCCUACUAGAACCUUUUAGGAGACGGUUAUUCAUUCUCUCACUGAUGUCACUUGGCUUUCACGUGGCCAGAAAAAAGCAUUUAUUAUCUGUUUCUCUUCUCAUUUGCCUAAGACAAAGUACUGUUACAUUGUGCCAACAAGACCAUAAACCUAAACACAAUACAGGCUCUGGAAUCACGUGGCAGUACUUAGUUAUAAGUGGGAAUCAAGGUGAUCCAGACUAUGCUGUAUUAAUUAUUAUAAAUGAAAUCACAAAAUAGAAAAAAAUUUGGUAAAGAAUUCAAAGAUUCCAGUUUGAGAAACUGAUGUGGAGGUUAUAAAAAUCCUUUUGUCGCAUACCUAAAGUCGAAUUUGUUGAAUCUGACUUUGUGACUCUUGAGUAGAGUCAAGAAAAGCUAUGCAGGUAGGACAGAUAAACUUGAUUCUAAAGUGAAAGUAAAGGGAGAAAGAAAGGGCUUAGAUGUAUUUUAAGGUUCAUUCCUGUUCUGGAACUCAGAACAUAAUUUCUUAUAGAAAAGUAGUUAGAUUCCAGGUCAGUCCACAAAGGGUUAUGUUCUAAAUCCAACCUCUCUAUAUGUGUUAUGUUCCUAUAAGAAAAUGCUCCAGAGUUUCAAACUGAUAUUGCAGGAAUGACCUACCCCUCUGCCCAUCAGAAUGAGGCAUACUACCUUUCUAUUUUAUUAGUGAGAAAUUCUCCUAGCUUCAAGCAACAGGUAUGAGUUACUUCCUAUUGCUUAUUAGGGCAGGUACUCAAGCAGAGCAGGAAGAAUUGGACUCAUGGUAAAAUCAUAUUGAGUGGUUGGAUGAAACCUUUAGAAAGUUGGAGUUUAGUGGCCAAGGAAUCUGUACAUUUAACCUUGGGUGUCACUGUAUGGUUUGGUUUGGCUCUGAGACCUCCUUCUUUUCUUUUUUAGUGCCAGAUUGGUUCACUCACAUUCCUCUCCACUGCUAUUAUCAAUUGCUUCCUAACAGGAAACAACGAGCUUUCUUUCUAUCCUGCUCACUAUGGAAAAGUAUAAUCUCACAGGAUUCUCUUUUUCCUUGUACUUUUUAUUCCUAAAGCAAGUAUGCGCCCUCUUGAGUUUUCAUAAGGGUUUUUAUUUCUGGUUAUAGAACUUUAGUAUUUAUAUAUAAUUAUAAGCAAGCAGCUGAAAGUAUGAAGGUCAGCAGGAGAGUAGUUAAAGUGAUAAAGAGGUGAAGAACUCAUAUUUGAUCCUGGUUUCCUUUCUACCACCACUCUCAAACCCCUACUCAACAAAUUAGACUCAAUAGACAAAGUCACAAUUUAUUCAACUAUAUUUUAAAGGAAGAUUAGAAAUGGGUAUUGUAAUAGUUUUCUUGAUGUAACAAAUUAGUACAAACUUAGUGGCUUAAAACGACACAGUUAUCUUACAGAUUUGGAGGUCAGAAGUCUGAAAUAGGUCUCACUGGUCUAAAAUCAAGGUACAAGCAGGGUUGGUUCCUUUCUGGAGGUUCUAGGUAGAAUCUAUUUUCUUGCCCUUUCCAGCUUCUUGGCCACCAGCAUUCCUUGGCUCCUGACCCCCUUCCAUCUUUAAAGCCAGCAGUGGCUGGUUGAGUCUUCCUCAUAUCACAUCACUCUAACACAGUCUUCUGCCUCCUCUCGUUUAUAAGGACCUUUGUGAUUAUAUUGGGCCUACACAGAUAAUCUGGGAUAAUCUCUUCGCUUGAAGGCCAGAUGAUUAGCAAUCUUAAUUCUCCCUUGCUAUGUAACAUGACAUAUUCACAGGUUCCAGGGACUGGGAUGUGGACAUCUUUGGUGGGGGAGGACAUUAUUUUGGCUACUACAGCUAUGUAUGAUUCAUUGGGUACUCUUGUGGUUAAGAGCAACUUCUUCCCUUCCCUCUAUCAUUCCCACUUUAUUCAUCCAAAAAUAUUUGACUACCCACUCAAAAUAUCAGAUGGCAAAUGGUAUAGAAAGUUCAAAUAUACUAAGGAUUAGAAACCUGUCAACUGAAUUUUGUCACCGAUGACUCCGAAUUUCAGUGAGGUAGUGUUGACAUAAUUUAAAUUUAAGUAGGUUGAGGAGUGAAUGGAAAGUAAAAAAAUGGAGAACUUGGGCCAUGAUAGGAAACUAGAAUAUAGGGUAUUAGCUUAGAGGUCAGGGUCAAAGGACAUUUUUUUAGAAUGGGAGAGAUUUGAGUAUGUUUAUAGUCUAGAGGGAGUCAUGAGAGAUGAGAUACAGAACAGAGGGAUUACAGAUGGAGCCAGUUUCUUCACAAGAUGUGACUGCAGGUCAAAAAGAGAAUAUUUGAUUUUGAACAAGGGGUAAACCUAUUGGACACUGGAGGGAAGAUUAGAAAAGAUAAAUUUUAGGUGCGAGGAGGCAGGAAGUUGACCAUUAGUACUCAAUGUUCUCAACUUUCUUAGUAAGAUAGGAAGAAGGGCUGUGUGACGACACUGAGUUGGACAUGAGAAAAGUAGGUAAGUUUGGAAUCACUCAAGAGGGAAACUGAAGAACCAACCAAAGAAAAGAAGAAAGGCCUUGUUAAGGGCCUGAAGUAGGAGAUCAUGAAUUUGUAGGGGCAAUUUUCUAUGUGGUUGUAUGAUUUUUUUCCCUCAGCCUUUAGAAUCCUUACGUGUGUGUGUUUAAUACCCAUAGGCUUUGUUAGUAAAGCCUUGUAUUUCUAAUCAAUGUGUGAAUAUGUAUAUAAAAUCAGUGCUUUUAAAAAAUGGUACACUCUAGUACAUUAUAUUGGUACUUUUUAGUGGAAAAUUAACAUCUCUUCUCAAAAAUUAAUGUUCCCUGGGCCCGCCCCGUGGCUUAGCGGUUAAGUGCGUGCGCUCCCCUGCUGGCAGCCCGGGUUUGGAUCCCGGGCACGCACCGACGCACUGCUUGCCUGGCCAUGCUGAGGCCGCGUCCCACAUACAGCAACUAGAAGGAUGUGCAACUAUGACAUACAACUAUCUACUGGGGCUUUGGGGGAAAAAUAAAUAAAUAAAUAAAAUUAUUAAAAAAAAAAAAAUUAAU